CUUCAUUACUUGCUAAAUUUCAUUGCUGCGACUGAAGAAAACUCCAUUUAACAACACACUGUUCUAGGGUUCGUUCUUGUUCGAAAAAUUAAAAAUGGGUAUUCUUAAUAAUCAAAAGGGCAAAUCAUCAUCAUCAUCUUCUUCCAUUAAACAUGUUGAUCAUAAGAUUAGAAAAAAGUGUUUCAAGAACAGAAUCAAAGGAUUUGAGAAGAAAUUUAAUGAGUUGAGGAAACUCUGUGAUGUUAAGGCUGUUGGAGUUGUGCAUUCUGAAUUCAUCAAUGGGGCUAAAGAAUUACCAGCAAACCCUCAUGAAUUUGAUGAGGUCGUCAUGCAAUUUAACCAAAACAAGAUGAAAUUGUGUAGUGGUGAAGAAGCAGAGGAAGUUGAGAAGAAUCAGAGAUUCUGUUUUCGGAAUGAUAACGGUAACCCUAAAUUUGAUAAUUUAUGUACUGUUGAAUCACUUACAAAGAUUGAGAGUGAAUUGGAAUCCAUAUUUGUUAUGAUUUCCGAGAGAGAAAAUCAAUUGAAAGCAGGGGAUGUUACAUCGCCAUCAUCAUCAUCUCCGAAUUGCGAUCAGAACAAUAAUUUUGGGGUAAUUGAAUCUACAAAUUACCAUUACGAGUCUACUUCUUUGGUGGUAGGAUCUUCUAACAACGUUUAUGAUUAUGGACUUCCUUGUUCUGAUUAUAAUCAACAACAACCGCAACCGGAGGAGGAGAUGAAGAAGAGUUUUGGGGUUGUUGAAUCUAAUUCAACUUCGUUGGCAGUAAGAUCGUCUAAGAACUUGGAUGAUUAUGGAUGUUCUUCUUCUUAUUUCUCUAAUCAAGAAGAAUCCCAACCCUUGAUUAGUGUUGUUGAUCCUUUCUCUGAAAUGGUUUAUGAUCAACCAUUCUCUGAUAUGAUCGAUUUGGAGUUCCAGAGAUUGAAUUGCAGCAGCAGCUACAUGGACAUGAUGAUGAACACAACAAACCCAAUUGACGGACCAGAAUUCCUUCUGUGGUGAAUGAAUAGUGCUGGCUGGAGUAAUUAAGUAACUUUUUGUUUGUCAUCUAUUCUAUUUCUAGUAUUCAUUGGAGGAGACAAUUUCUUUUGUGAUGAUUUUAUUGCUUUCUAGUUUAUGUAACUUAAAUUUUUUGUAAUCUACAAUUUCUUAUAUUCAUGGUGACAAUUGAUUUGUUAUUUGGAUCCCACAAUUGAUGUCAGGGUCAUUAGUUUGUAAUUCACUGCAAGUUUGCAUGAGAGAACUGGCAAAGUUGCCACAACUGCGGUUCUGAAAUGGCUUUUCUAGUGUGCAUCACUUCGCUUUACAGAACUUGUCGCCAGGGAAAAUGAAGCAUUUCUAGACUGCUGUACAAAAUGAAGCAUUUUUCAGAUAAGUUUCUCUGCUUUGUUUCGAGUAGCAAUAUUAACCUGCAAUGCUUCAUAUGUGUUCAUCAGAAAUUUGAGGCUCCUAAUUUGUAAUUUCUCUGCUUGUUAAAUUAGAGAUUACAGAGAAUGAGAAUGUUGUUUCUAUGAACUUUCUGACAAAUAAUAAUGUACCAGUUGCUCAGUUAAAAUCAUGUCUAGAUAUAUGAUUUUAUCUACAAGAGCUUUAAAAUGUCAAGCCUGCUAGUCUUAACAAAUUUAUCAUCUAACGUCAUACUAAAAAUACGGGUAUAGUUGCCAGGCGCCAGCAGAUAAUAGUGUUAGUAUUGGAAUAUGUGAAAUCAGUGAAAGCACUACUGACACAGGAUAUGGAUGGCAUUUACCUCGAUGUUUCUUGUUCACUUGCUUGGCUCAAAACUUGUCCAAACUAAGUUUUGCAUCGUAUAUUUCUUCGGACUCUAAUGAGCUCUCACCAGAUAACGAACUACAGUUAGAGUUCAGGGAAUAUUUGAAACCGUCCCUUCCGUCUCCUCAGACAUCAAAUGAUGCGGACAUGGUUGCUAACCUUUUAAUAGAGCGCCAUGAUCCUUAUAAUGCUGUGGAUCCUCUCUACUUCAUCUCAAUGGUAUAAGAAUUUCUACUGAGUUGGUUCAGCAAACUCUGAUUAGAUUGAAAACUGUACCAAAAAUUGCAUGGAUUUCUUUAUUUGGGCAAAAGAACAACCAGGUUACCGCCAUGACGGGGUUGCUUAUGAUAUGAUGAUCGAUAUCAUGGGAAAAUUACAGUAAUUUGAUGUCGCUUGGCAGUUGCUUCUUGAUAUG